AAACUGGUGAGCCCGACCGCGAACUUCACCCACGAUAAAUCCGCCCACCUUUAAACUGGUGAGCCCAACCGCGAACUUCAUCCACGAAAAUCCGCAGAUAACCCCGGUGAGUUCGUUCCAUUUUGUAUUUGUUCUUGUACCAUAUAUUAUUCGACAUAAUUUUCGUCAUGAGUGAUCUUAGUCCCAAGGUCAUCCGUAUCCGCUCAACUCCUAAAACCAUUCAGCUCGUACCAUACUGGCCAGAUAAUGCUGAAACGUGGUUUCUGCUAGCUGAAGCAGAUUUUUGUGAGCAUGGGAUAACUGAUCAACGUUCACAGUUACUUGCAGUUAUUCACGCCCUACCGCGGGAAUUCAGCAAGUACGUAACAUCACAGAUGUUGAGUCCCGAGGUAAGUAACUCGUACGAGUUGCUGAAAGCAUCCCUCCUCAGGAGAAACGCUCUCACGGACAGACAACGUCUAGAUGAAUUAUUUCGCAACAUCGAGUUAGGAGAUCAGUCAGCCGUGAGCAUGCUGACAAGAAUGAAACAAGUCGUCGGCCAAUGUCAGUUCGACGAAGGACUGUUUAGAGAACUCUUCUUAACCAAGUUGCCACAAUCUGUACAGACCGUACUUGUGACACUUGAGGGUACUGUAAUAGAGAACUUAGCUAUUACUGCAGAUAAGAUCCUAGAAAUAACUAAACGGUCUGUCCCCGAAAUAUGCUCAAUGACUAAGCAGACUUCGAGUGAGGAUCCUGCAAUGACAGAGUUAUGCAACUCCCUUCAGCAGAUGUUUAGGUCAAACACACAUUCUAAAUCCUCCAACCGUCGUCCUAAAUCUCCUCAACGCAGGAACUCGCGUGGUCGAUCUAAGUCCAAACCACGUUCACUGAAAAACCCUGACUGGUGCUGGUACCACAACACCUAUGGCCAAGAAGCGAAGUGUUGCCGUAAGCCUUGUAACUUCGGAAAUGUCUCAAAGUCUGCGGGAAACUAUCCCGCCGGCACGCGUUAGCGGCAACCGUCGCCGGUGGCACUAGCCGCCUACUUUACAUCCAUGAUGUGAUAAGCCAGACUCGAUACUUAGUCGACACAGGCGCCGAAGUCAGCGUCCUUCCUGCUACAGCAGCAGAUCGACAGAAGGAACCUACCUUCAACUUACAGGCUGCAAAUGGAAAACCAAUCGCAACCUUUGGUAGGAAAUACGUCUAUCUGAACGUAGGUUUACGCAAACCUAUUCGGUGGAUUUUCCUUCUCGCUGACGUUACAAUGCCCAUCAUUGGCACGGACCUACUUAAUCAUCAUGAUUUACUCGUAGACGUCCGCCGAAAACGACUGAUUGACAAUACUACUAGUCUGUCUAUCAAAGGCAUUACCUACAUAGGCCCUAGCUUGUCACCCGUUAAGAUAAAGGCAAUUCUUGAUCCAACUUUUCAACCUAUCGUUGACAAGUAUCCGGAACUUAACUGCCCGUCGAACGACCUACCGUGCAUAACCAGCAAUGUUAUGCACCACAUCAUUACCACAGGACAACCUGUGACAUCUAAAGCACGACGAUUAGCUCCUGACAAACUGAGAAUCGCCAGGAAUGAAUUUGACCAUAUGCUUAGCCUUGGCAUCAUUCGACCUUCGAAUAGCCCAUGGGCAUCCCCACUUCAUAUGGUUCCGAAAAAGGAUAGCAACGAUUGGCGACCCACCGGUGAUUACCGGCGAGUGAAUGCCAAAACAACCCCUGAUUGCUACCCGUUGCCUCAUAUACACGACUUGACGGCAACCUUAUCCGGC